GCGGCCAAGCCUCAAACCCUCCUAUUAUAUUCCCGCCUACUCACGCGCACUCCGAUAUCCGAUUCCCUUGUUGCUUCGCUGUGGCCCUGUCCGAGUAAUUUCAUCGAACAAUCGGCGGGCGCAAUAACGCAGAAACCCAGAAGCGAAGCAAAACCCCACGAAUCCGAAACGUAAUGUCUCUGCGGCCGGGCACGAGGACCGAUGUGCGGAAGAAAUCGUACAAGACGGGGGUCGACGCGGAGGAAGCGCGGCGGAGGAGGGAAGACAACUUGGUGGAGAUCAGGAAGAAUAAGCGGGAGGAUAGUUUGCUCAAGAAAAGGAGGGAAGGUUUGAGUCAGUCCCAGCAGCAGCUGCUUGAUGGGUCCCAGUCCACCGUCGUUUUGGAGAAGAGGCUGGAAAGUAUCCCGUCAAUGGUGCAAGGAGUAUGGUCUAACGAUCCUGCACUGCAAUUGGACGCUACUACUCAAUUUAGGAAGUUAUUAUCAAUCGAGCGCAGCCCUCCUAUUGAUGAGGUUAUAAAAACUGGUGCUGUCCCUCGGUUUGUUGAGUUUCUUGGAAGACAUGAUUUGCCCCAACUGCAAUUUGAAGCCGCAUGGGCUUUGACCAAUGUUGCAUCUGGAACAUCAGAGCAUACACGAGUCGUUAUUGAGCAUGGUGCGGUCCCCAUGUUUGUGCAGCUUCUUAGCUCUGGCAGUGAUGAUGUCAGAGAGCAGGCAGUAUGGGCUCUGGGCAAUGUUGCUGGUGACUCACCAAACUGCAGGGAUCUUGUUCUUGGACAAGGUGCACUGAUGCCAUUGCUAGCUCAAUUAAAUGAAAAUUCAAAGUUAUCCAUGAUGAGGAAUGCUACUUGGACUCUAUCUAACUUUUGUCGCGGAAAACCACCAACCCCAUUUGAUCAGGUGAAGCCUGCCUUGCCAUUUCUAAAACAUCUCAUUUACUUGAAUGAUGAAGAAGUCUUGACAGACGCUUGCUGGGCCCUAUCCUAUCUCUCUGAUGGUUCAAAUGACAAAAUUCAAGCUGUGAUUGACACAGGCGUAUGCCCACGGCUUGUGGAGCUUUUGCUUCAUCCAUCGCCUACGGUUCUUAUACCUGCUCUUCGGACAGUGGGUAACAUUGUUACUGGUGAUGAUGCCCAGACUCAGUAUGCUAUUGACAACCAAGUUCUCAGUUGCCUCAAUCAACUUCUCAAGCAAAAUCACAAAAAGAGCAUCAAGAAAGAAGCUUGUUGGACAAUUUCAAAUAUCACAGCUGGAAAUAAAGGUCAAAUACAGGCUGUGAUAGACGCUGGUAUCAUCUUCCCACUUGUGCAACUUCUCCAACAUGCAGAGUUUGACAUAAAAAAGGAGGCUGCGUGGGCCAUCUCAAAUGCCACUUCUGGAGGAUCUCAUGAACAAAUUCAAUUCUUGGUGACCCAAGGUUGUAUUAAACCGCUAUGCGAUCUUCUCAUUUGCCCAGAUCCAAGGAUUGUAACAGUGUGCCUUGAAGGCCUUGAGAACAUUCUCAAGGUGGGUGAGGCUGACAAAAAUAUGGGAAUGAAUGGUGGGAUCAAUCUUUAUGCACAAAUCAUUGAUGAAUGCGAGGGGUCGGAUAAGAUUGAGAAUCUGCAGACGCAUGAUAACCAUGAAAUUUACGAGAAGGCUGUCAAGCUCUUGGAGAGAUAUUGGACCGAAGAAGAUGAGGAAGUCCAGGAGAAUGGGAAUGGAAGUGGAAAUCAACAAGGUUUUACUUUCGGAGCAAACCAGCCCAACCCUCCUCCGGGUGGCUUCAAUUUCGGAUGAACAAAAUGUGGUUUAGGUUUCUAGCAGUGCAGGUUUUUCACCUCCAUUUGAUGAAUUGCCAAAACCUCAUUCUGAUUUUCCCUCACUGCCAAGAACCAGGGUUGUUGGUUUUGAACAUAGGCUCGUCCAUCGAAUUUGAUAGAAGUGCUACUGCUGCAAGCGGCUGCCCAUUUUAUUUUGCGGUUCCAUACUUCCUAGUAAGGAAAAUUGUCGCUUUUGUGUUUACGCGGAAUUAGAACUAAAAUUAUGGCUUCUGCCCUAUGUGUUUGUUUCUGUGUUGUUCAUUACUUGUUAGAAUCCUAAAUUUAUUGAUCUUUGUUUCGUGUUUA